AUGGCUCCCAGCAAAAAGCGGACAAGCGUCCCAGACGACGAUUUCGUGUUCACGCUGUCAGACGACGAAAACGAUGUUCUCGAGAACGGCGCCGACGAGGGCGAUGAGCAAGCCGAUGAAGAGACAGCUUCCGGAUCGAAGAAGCGCAAGCGCGAGACGGCAGAGGCUCCCAAGGGAAAAAACAAGAAGCAGAAGCAAUUGAAGCAGAGCAAGAAGGGCAAAGGUGCCGCUGUGGCGGGAUCUGAUGGAGAAGAAGAGGAGGAGGGUGACGAGGAAGAGGCUGCAGAUGCUGGCGAGGAUGACGGUGCGCUGGAUUCAGAAUUCGAGUUUGAUGUCGGUGGGCAUGCGACCGCUGGUGUGAUUGAGGGCUUUGAUGGAUGGGAAACGCAGAACGGGGAUGCGAGCGCGAACAAGAAUGGGGAUAAGAAGGCUGUGGAUAUCGAUGAUAUCAUCUCGCGGAGGAAAGAGCAGAAGGAUGCGGAGUUGAAGAGGAAACUGAAGAAGGAGGAGAAGAGGAAGAGGAUGGAAGAGAGCGAAGACGAGGCCGAGGCCGAGGAUGUGGAGUCGGAUGGUGACAUGUCGGUGGACUUCCAGGAUGACGAGCUGCUUGCCGCGGACGGAUUCGGUAUGGGAGCCGACGGUGAAGACGAGAGUGGUGAAUCCGACGCAGGCGACGGUGCCGGUUCCGACGAAGAGAACGAUUCAGAUGAUAAUGGCGAUGAUGAGGGAGACGCCGACGAUGACGACGCUGCGUCUGAUAACGACUCGGUAGCAACCCCAGUUGGUCAUCCAGAUGACGAAGUUGCGUCGGAUGACGAGUCUGGGGCAGAGAGUGAAGUCGAUGCCGAGGAAGCAGAGAAGCGGAAGGCUUUCUUCGCUCCAGAAGAGAAGACUACCGAAGAACCCACCUCCAAGAGAUCAUUCCAGGAUUUCAAUCUGUCCCGCCCCAUCCUUCGUGGUCUGGCAUCUGUCAACUUCACCACCCCCACACCCAUCCAGCAGAAGACCAUCCCCGUCGCCCUCCUGGGCAAAGAUAUUGUCGGUAGUGCCGUGACUGGUUCCGGAAAGACAGCCGCCUUUGUGGUUCCCAUCCUCGAGCGUUUGCUGUUCCGGCCUCGGAAAGUGCCCACCAGUCGUGUUGCGAUCCUGAUGCCCACUCGUGAAUUGGCGGUCCAGUGUUACAAUGUGGCUACCAAGCUGGCUACUCACACCGACGUGACCUUUUGUCAACUUGUCGGUGGUUUCAGUCUGCGCGAGCAGGAGAACAUCUUGAAGAAGCGACCGGAUGUGAUCAUCGCUACCCCUGGUCGUUUCAUCGAUCACAUGCGGAACUCGCCCAGCUUUACUGUUGACACCCUUGAGAUCCUGGUGCUGGACGAAGCCGAUCGGAUGCUGGAAGAUGGUUUCGCGGAUGAACUUAAUGAGAUCCUGACCACCAUCCCCAAGUCGCGACAGACCAUGCUGUUCUCCGCUACGAUGACCGACUCGGUCGACAAGCUCAUUCGCGUCGGUCUCAACCGCCCGGUCCGCCUCAUGGUUGAUUCGAAGAAGAACACGUCCAUGAACCUGACCCAGGAGUUUGUGCGGUUACGACCAGGACGAGAGGGCAAGCGCUUGGGAUAUCUUUUGUAUCUUUGCAGUGAGAUCUUCACGGGACGGGUCAUUGUCUUCUUUCGGCAGAAGAAGGAGGCCCAUCGGGUUCGCAUCGUCUUUGGACUGCUCGGACUCAAAGCAGCAGAGCUCCAUGGUAGCAUGAGUCAGGAACAGCGUAUCAAAAGUGUUGAGAGCUUCCGAGAAGGUAAAGUGGCCUUCUUGCUGGCUACAGACCUGGCGUCUCGUGGUUUAGAUAUUAAGGGCGUGGAGACCGUCAUCAACUACGAAGCGCCCCAGAGCCACGAGAUCUACCUGCAUCGUGUUGGUCGUACCGCGCGUGCGGGCCGUUCCGGUCGUGCAUGCACCAUUGCGGCGGACCCCGACCGCAAGGUGGUCAAGGCUGCCGUCCGCGCCGGCAAAGCGCAGGGGGCCAAGAUCGCCAGCCGAGUCGUCGAGCCUGCGGUUGCAGAUCAAUGGGCCGCCAAGGUCGAGGCUCUGGAGGAGGAGAUUGAAGAAGUGUUGAAGGAGGAGAAACUGGAGAAGCACAUGGCGCAGGCGGAGAUGCAGGUGACCAAGGGCGAGAAUUUGAUGAAGCACGGAGCGGAGAUUAUGUCGCGGCCGAAGCGUACCUGGUUCGAGACCGAGCGGGACAAGCGUGCAUCCCGCAAACUGGGAGCGACCGAGCUCAACGGGCCCUCGAAGAAGGACAAGGUGAAGCUGAGCAACAAAGACAAGAAACGGCUGGACGACUCGCGUCAGCGUCACGAAGGGAACCAGGGCUGGAAGAAGGGCAAGACGGAGAGAGAGGCCCCGAAGCAGGCCAAGACCAAAGGAGGGAAGAACCAGAGUGAUAAGAAGAACAAGAACAAGAUGAAGGGCAAGAAAUGA